AUGCUCGUCAAGAUAAAGAAAGUAGUCAAAGCGGAGCAGGCCAAGCGUAAAGCAGCAGAUGAUGGGCCGACAGAGCAGACAAGAAAGCCAAGCAAGGAGGUGCACGAUGGCAUUCCAAGGUCACUCCUCAUGGAUGUAGAUGAAUACGACAAGUUGUUCCUGUAUGUGGGCAAUCUCCCAAAAGGCUGCACUAUUGAGGAAGUGAAGGACCUGUCCCCUGACAUUGUCAGUGUGCGAACGAAUGUCAAAUUGGGCGAAAAGUUGUCAUUUGCCUUUGUGGAGUUCAAAAGCGAGGCGGAUGCUGAUCGCAACUUCAAGCGCCUACAAAAGGCCAGCCUGCGUGGCCACCCUUUGAGAGUGGGCUACCGUGGUGCCAAGCGUGCUGACCUGCCUUCUAACUGGCAGAGGUAGAAUGAGCUUUGUGUGUAUGGCCUGCCCCAAGGGUUAUCACAGCAUAGAGUUGCCAGGCUCUUCCCCACUGCCACCAACGUUUCCACCAUGGCUUUCUACACUUUGGUGACAUUCGAGAGCAAGGAUGCCUUGCUGGCUGCCCUCAAGAACAACGCAUGCCAUUACAUGGAUGGGAAUCCACUCAAGUUCUCCUAUCGUUUGAAGCCUGCUGGUGCAGGCAAGAAGAAGAAGAUCAGAAGGAAGAAUUGAGAGAGAGGCAGCAGCAGACGGAGCUUGGAAAGCCAUCCGAUUCCAAGCCUGGCAAAAACACUCCAGGAAUGCCUGGAAGAAAACAAAAUGUAGUGCCAGGAAAGAAGCUAUUUGUGAACAGACAGACAGUCCUGCACAGGCAAAGACGUCCAAGGCUAAAUUUGAUGCCAAGCGCAAAGAGAUGACAAAAGCUGCUCAACCUGCAAAGCAGGGAAAGGUUCAAAAGCAGUAAAA